AUGACAUGUGGACGAUGAAAUAUCAUGUCAUCAUCAAUGCUAGGCGGAGUUGAAUGCUUUCUCAACUCGACAUGUUACUUAUUGACUUAAGUAUCGGAGGGUCAACAAGCCUCCGAUGCAUCUUUGUUGAUGCUUCGAACAAUCAAAAUAUAUAUUACAAUUCUAUUCAAUGAUGAUUUCUGCAAUCUUCUCUACUCGAACACGUUUCUGUUUGAAGUUUCCUUCACUCCACCAUGCUCAAAACCCUCAAGAUUAGUGAUUGAUUCCUCUAAGCAAUAACAAUGACUGACUUGGGAGGAUGGAUUAGACCAAGUCGCACAAGUUAAGCCAUUAAAGAGGACCAAACCAUGUCCGAGGUUUUCCAAAGGUGACGUAGCCUGCUGUUGACAAGGUGUUCCAAGGUUGUCCCUUGCCUUGGCAGAAGUGUUCUUCCACGUUAAGAUGUCAGGAUUCAUUUCAUUCCACCAAACCAUCAUUUACCUGCGUGAGACGGAUGCAUCAAAGAAGAAUGGUGCAUCGGUCUAAGAAUUGACAGCUUCUGAUGUGAAUUCUGCGUGGGUGGAAUCGGUCCUUGAGCGUGUUGCUUGACUGGGUGUGCGAGGUCCAAAAUAUGGAGCUUGCAGCUGACGGUUCACGCGCAUGGACAAAGAUAAGAACCUUGGCGUGUCUCUUUCCCCUUCCUUUGUUACUAUGUCUUCCUUUGACAUUGUUGCAUUGUUUUGGGGUCUCCCAUUGAUGCAUGCUAUAUAUUGCUGAAGAGAUUCUCUCACCCUAUCUAUCUCCGUCUGAGCCGAUGGGGAACUGUUUGUGGUGCUCCGCCUCGGGGAAGCGACUGAUGACGGCAGCCAGGGAUGGCGACGUAGAGGAAGCUCGGAUGCUGCUGGAGAUGAGACCAGGCCUGGCCAAAUACAGCACCUUCGGCGGCCUCAGCUCGCCGUUGCACGUAGCUGCCUCCGGAGGCCAUUCUGAGAUUGCUAUGAUGUUGCUGGAGUAUGGAGCAGAUGUGAACUUCAGGAACAUCUAUGGACGGACUCCUUUGAUGGAAGCAUGCAACAAUGGCUACUGGGAGGUCGUGCAGACAUUGCUGCUGUAUAAAUGCAAUGUUUCAAGAGCAGAGUACCUGAAUGGCUGGACAGCACUGCACUUUGCAGCUCAAGGUGGACACAUACCAUGCAUCAGGCUACUGGCUGCAGACUUUGCACCUGCUGUUCCUGAUGCAGCGACCAAUUCUUCAGAGGAUGAAACACAGAGAAACCUCCCUAAUUCUUCCUAUGAUCAACACUCACUCUCUAGAUUUAUCAAGAAGACUGCCAAUUGUGGCAUAACAGCCCUGCAUUUGGCAGCAUUAAAUGGAAAUGUUGAUUGCGUUCAUCUACUGCUUGAUCUACACGCUGAUGUCUCAGCCACGGCCCUCUCACAAAACACUUCAUCGGCAGCCUCUAUAGGAGCUGGAAGCACUCCUUUGCAUUAUGCAGCAUAUAGUGGAAACCUAAAGUGUUGCCAGGUUCUUCUUGCUAGAGGAGCCAGCAGAUCAGCAGUGAAUGGCCAUGGGUGGCUCCCAGUUGAUGUUGCUAGGAUAUAUGGAUGUGAUGAGCUUGUGCCAGUACUAAAACCUAAUUCUAAUCAGACGAUACCUGUCUUUCCUAUAAGUUGUCUUUCCCUCCCUCUUAUAAGUAUUCUGAAAAUUGCAAGAGAGUAUGGAUUGCAUUCUUCAACUGUUCCUUCUGAUGAUAGUGAUCUCUGUGCUGUUUGUCUAGAGAACACCUGCGCUGUAGCCGCCGAAGGUUGUGGUCAUGAAUUCUGCACGAGAUGCACGCUCUCUCUUUCCUCAACAUGCAGUAUGGCACCCGAGAUGUCUGCACCACCUGGUUCAAUUCCAUGCCCCCUCUGUCGAGAAGGAAUCGUGGCUUUCGUAAGGUUGCCUACUCUUCUGGUGAAGGAUCUCAGUCUCAAAGGCAAUAGCGACUCUCACAGCCUGAAUCAAACUGCAAUUGCCAUCAGAUCCGAGUUCUGUAAGAAACAGUCUGCAGUGGUUCCCUCAGAAGCCAUUGGUCCGAUCUCUUGUCCCCCACACAUUCCUCCAGUUAUUUCAUCCUGUUCGAGGCAUCAACAUACUGGCAGAGCAGAGAAAACAAGCUGCUCGACGUCAGUUCACUACGGUAGCUUGUAGUUUCUCGAUCGUUUUGUAGCGCGUUGCAUCUGCUAUUGCUGAUCGCAUGGGUUCGUAACGGCGACACAAACAACAAGCAUUUCAUCGAGCAAGUUGUGCUCAUGUAC